GUAAAAAUGGUAUCGUCUAGGGCGAUGGAUAUUAGAUGGAUUCGUAGAUACCGAACAUUUUUUAUUAUCGGUAGUAUUAUAUUGUGUAUCCAAGUCUUCCUUGCACUCAAGUUUUUUCCUAUCGAAGCUCAAGGAGAGGAGCAUGCUUACGAAGUUGGGGAUCUGUCGGGACGGUAUUUCAUUGAGGCAGCACAUGACGUGAAUGGCGGAGGCUCUUUGCGGAAGGUGAAGGAUGGCUCUCUUGUCGGUGAUGACGAGGACAGUCCGAGCAACAGCAAUGCUGGCAACAGCCUCUACAACAGGCACAAAGUUCCACCGGACAAAAUGGAUCACUUCCUUGACCGGAGGCUGUCCUUGGUGGGCGGUGAGACCGUCUCCCACCGGUCGAAGCACGCCAGGGGCACGGUGGGCGGCAACUCGACGGCCGCCAGCUUGAAUCUGGAGGAGCUGGACUUUGUGCCUGUGUGCGACAUCGUCACGAAGGAAGCUGUAUCUGCGAUCCACCGUGCCAAAACACAGAGGUGCAAACAGACGAUCGCAAACAUUACGUGCCUUAUACAGCGACGGUUGCUGUACCCUCGACGCUUACCGAACUCGUGCCCAUCAAAUGGGUUUACUGCUGGGAAAUCCCUUGGUUGUUAUGAAGAUAAGAAGACUUUCCGUUUGUUGUCCGGGUAUUUUGCUAAUUUGAAGACUACAAACUCUCCACAACAUUGCAUUAAUUUGUGCCUUCAAUCUGGGUUCCAGUACGCGGGUGUGCAAUAUUCGACUGAAUGUUUCUGUGGGAACGAGGAGCCUCCGUCCACCUCGCGCCUACCAGACUCGUCAUGCAACAUGAAGUGCCCUGCUGACCCUAAGCAAGCCUGUGGUGGCCAUUACACCAUCAAUAUUUACGAGACAGGCAUUUCCAAGUUCACACCUCAAGUGCCAGUAGAAGCUUCAGAUGAGGAACGACCACCAGUGAGAAUUGCCUUCUUGUUAACGUUGAACGGGAGAGCCUUGAGGCAGGUGCGGAGACUCGUCAAAGUCUUGUUCCAUAGGGACCACUUCUUCUACAUACAUGUUGAUGCUAGACAAGACUACCUGUUCCGGGAGCUGCUGGUACUGGAACAUCAGUUCAAGAACAUUAAACUGGCGAGGCAUCGCUUCGCCACCAUCUGGGGUGGAGCGUCUUUGCUGCAAAUGUUGCUGACUUCUCUGGGAGAGCUUGUGGAGCUGGGGUGGCAGUGGGACUUCGUUAUCAACCUCAGCGAGUCUGAUUUCCCCAUAAAGAGGAAUUCGCAUCUGGUGAACUUUCUGACGGCGAACAAGGGACGCAACUUCGUGAAGUCGCACGGCCGGGAGGUGCAGCGCUUCAUCCAAAAGCAGGGCCUGGACAAGACGUUCGUGGAGUGCGACGCGCACAUGUGGCGGGCGGGGGACCGCCAGCUGCCCUGGGGGGUGCAGGUGGAUGGCGGCAGCGACUGGGUGGCCCUCUCCCGCCCCUUCGUCGAGUACGUCUCCGCGGGGCUGGCCGCCCGCACGGACCCCCUCAUCGUGGGCUUGAACACCGUCUUCAAGUACACUCUGCUGCCUGCUGAAUCAUUUUUUCAUACGGUGCUGCGGAAUUCCAACUUCUGUAACAGCUACGUGGACAACAAUCUCCACGUGACCAACUGGAAACGUAGGCUUGGCUGCAAGUGCCAGUACAAGCAUGUCGUUGACUGGUGUGGUUGCAGUCCCAAUGACUUCAAGGUUGAAGACUGGCCAAAACUACAGAUCACAGAAAAUCGCCAGUUGUUUUUUGCCCGCAAGUUUGAACCCAUCAUCAACCAAGGCAUCAUCAACCAACUAGAAGAAUGGCUCUAUGGACCUUAUCCUUCAAAUGUGGUAGGUGUGGACAGCUACUGGCAGAGUGUGUACCACCAUGCAGAUCUGAGUCCCCCUCCAGAUGAUGCGGUGGUCACCCUGAUGCACAGUCUGACGAGACACGCGACUAACCUCCUGUUCAGCUCGUCGGGGAAGAGCUGCUCCAUGACUCCUCAAAGGGUUCUCGAAGUCACGGGCUACUAUCACAAUGACUCUUUCAAGGGCUUCUUGAUCCUGUACGAGGUUUUGAUGAGCAGAAACUUAGUAAAGUUUGAAUCAUUGGUUUUUCCUCAGCAGCCUUUGUGGGUUUUGGAGAUGAUUGGUCCAUUCGAAAGACUGAAGAGUUUGUACGUUAGCUCAGAGUACGACCAAAAGGAGCAGGUCAGUCGGAACACACUCCAGGUAUUGGGGCCCUUCUCGGAGCCAGUGCUGGUCUACCAGUUGACUGCUGGAGCAGCGGUCAGCGCGGGCUCUGCUUCCUCAAACGUAACCUUCCUCUGGGUCGACCCCAUUGGCCAGCUUGCAGACGUGUCGGAAGUCCACGUGGAAGAAGGUGCAGUGAUAAGUCAAGUGAAGCCAUCGUUACACGAACCUCUGCUUCCCGGCGUGUGGGACAUUAAAAUAGUUUACAACAGCACGCUGGUUGCCCAGACACACUUCCUAGUGGUCCCACUGGAGCUGGUUUCGGGGGUCGAAGUCUCCCAGCAGCAAACCACCUUCCUGCACAGUGGGCCAGGUCAGCCGUAUGACGUGCACCACGUGCAUCUCUGGGAAAAGUUCCUCCCCAGUGCUGAGGAUCGACAGGCGAUGCACAGGAAAGCCGUGGCCAGCUCCCGCAGGUUCGGGGUUGAUCUGAAGGAAUGGAUCGACGGUUUGACCUCCAGAUUUUACAGGGUUCUGAACUCCUGUAUAGCUUUUCUUCCCACUGGGAAUGUUUGCACUGACUCACAUUUUGAGUCUUGCGAAGCCACCAUGUGGAGCUCUUUGUCAGCAGAUCCUAAAGCUACCAUUGGCUCCAUGAAUAACGUUACGGGUAGGCUAAACAGAUGGUGACGAGGAUGUAAAUGUGUUCUGCAACAAGUGAUCCCAUGUCUAAUAUACAUAGUAUAAAUUUUUAAUGUAUGAAUAACAAUACAUUGCCAUGAUACAAACUAUUUUUAUAAUGAACUGAAAAUAAUUUAAUAAUCAAGAUGGUGCUAUUUUUGUGUUGAUUGUGUGCAUGUGUGUAUGAUUGAGGAGUAUAAUAUUUGAGAUUGUUAAGUGGUAUUCAGUGCAGCAUUUUUAACUUUACUUUUAUGUGCAAUACUUUUUUUUUGUUUAGUUUAUUGUUCCAUUAGUUCUUUACUGACUGCAAUUAACUAAACAAUAAAAAGAGCUUUAGUUCAUCAUAUCAUGUUUAUUAUGUUCCAAAAUUAGAAAUUUCAUUUUGUAUGUGAAAAGAUCAAAGAAAGUAUUGUAGUAAUGUCAGUAUUAUGUUAUAGUUUUGAACAUGAAAAAUAAUAGAAAGAUAACAAGUAACAACUAUACUGUUUGUACUUGAUAGUGUUUGAGUAUAUUUCUUUGAAUGCCUCUGUAUAGAAUCAGAGAUUGUGCUCUCUCUCUCUCUCUCUCUCUCUCUCUCUCUCUCUUUUUUUUUUUCAAGCUGUGGAAUAAGAGUAAAUGUGUCUUGCCCAAAGUGAUUUUAUUGAAUGCCUCUUGAGGAAAUAUGAUUGCAUAAGUGCCCCUCGUUGUUAAUGAUUCUAGAAUCUUGACUUACAAGGACAAGAAUAUUGUGUGUGAUAGUUAGUAUUUAUUUAGUUGUUUAUGUGAAAAUAGUGACCAAAAGAGAGCUAUUGCAGCUUUUGAAAGAUGAUUUUGUAAGGAAAGUUAAAUGGUGACAGGUGUAAUAUAUAGGUGUGCAAGGCUGUGGUGUCAGAAGCAUGCAAUUACACAAAUUAGCAAAAUUCUGAUUUUACUUCACGACUUGAUUUUCAUUUACACAUUUGCACAUUUGCACAUUUAGCGUUAUUUAUAUUUUAUCGCAAUUCAAGGAAACGUGUUUGUUGUCUGGUGCAGUAACCUUUAAGAAUUUUCUAGAAAAAUGUGUUAUGCAGACCAGUUCUGUCACAUUUCAUCAAUUAUCACUUGCCCGGUGAACUGAUAAUCUGCAUGUUGCUUACAGAUAAUUCUUAAGCACAUAUAAUGCAGAUAUUUUAACAUCUGUUGGUCUUGAUUGUGUUGCACCAUUAAACUUUUUCUGCUUGGUUUUAGUGUUAUUUUUUUUGACCAUCACUUUAGGACUUUUCAACCAUAUUUGCUACUCUAAUUUCUUCUGUUUUUGUGCCACUGGGCAGUUAUUUCUUCACUUGGUUUGAACAACAAACAAUAUUGUUGGUGCGUGAGUAUGAAGGAACCUUCUGGAACCGUGUAGUUGGAAUUAUACUGUAACUUUUUUAGUGACGAACAAAUUUGCAAACAGUUUAAGAAUGCUUUUCUUCAAUCCUAAAUUCAGAAAAAAGUUAACCUCCAAAUUCAGAUUUUUUUUUCUGAUGAGUGCUCAUAAAUGUAAUGGAAUUUCUAGUGUAAUUUGGUUAGGAUGACUUUAACCAGAAUGAUGUGACUGAUUACAACAUUUAUAUAGGUACACUUGUUUAUGAUAUAAGACAACUAUUCAAGGUGUUUCUCAAUCUUUAUUACAUUUAGUAAUCUUAGAUGUUGUGUCCACUUAGAAAAUAUUGGAUUUUUUUUUUGUAAGUAAGAAAGAAUUGAGGAAACCAAUGCAUGAUCAUAUCAGGAUCAAAAAUGGAAGUUAGGCCCUCCUAAUUAGUUUCUGAACCACGGCACAGCUACAGAUUGUGCUGUAGUUACCCCUGUUAGCCUAGUCAACAUUUGCUGCAUUGAGAGAGAACAAACAUUCUAGGUGUGAUAAGGGUGGCAGUAGGUAUUUAAAGAAACCAGCGUAGCCUGUCUAUGAGUCUCACGUCUAACACAAAAGGAAUUACACUAGCAGUACAUGUUUGUAAAUUCUUUGUCACUUAAUUUUUCUUUCUCCUUAGCCAAAACCUUGUAUUUAAUCUUAUUGUUACCAGUGGAGUACAAUUUGUGCCAUUACCUCAGCUCCGCUGAUUUCCUCCUGUUUUUCCAAACUGUGGAAGUAUUAGGUACUCAUUUUCAUUCAUAACAAUGUGGCAUUUGGCAGAGUGAAGUUACUCUAGUUGAAUAGUUUAUAAAUGACUUAGAGGGAUUGUUGAUGGGAAUGUGUAAUAUUUUAUUUUACUGGUGUUAAUAAUUUUAUAGAAAAAUUGUAGUAAACUAUAUUGUGCAGUGUAGUUUUUAUAGAUAUUUGCUUUCCAACCCUUCAAUUUAUUUUUAAAAGUGAAAAUUUUUGUACAUUACUUUUUAUCCCUGUGCUGUUGUUUUCAUCAAGCCACUGUUUUCAGAACUUCACAUAUUUGCUAGUUCUGUUUAUGUGAGAGAAAAAAAAUUUCACAUACCUAUAUGUGUUUACCUAUUGGUGCAUUUGUGUGUGUGCGCCUGUGUUAAUGAGUUGAAUUAUUUUAAGUUUAGAACUAUGUAAAUAAAGCCUGCUUCAUUUAUAAAGUGACCAAAAAUAAUUUGCAGACCACCGAAAGUGUUUCAAAAAUUAUAGUUUGUUUUCUUUAUCCCCACUCUUGUUUUCAAAGUCUUGAGUGUGUUAUUUUAGCCCUGUAAGAUUUCUAUCGCAUUUAAAUAUCUGAUUUUGACGUAGAACAAAGCAUAUGGCAAGGGAAGCGAUAGGAAGCAGCGAGAAGUGCCGGAAGGGUGCCUGCUUCAUGUGCAACCUUAGCAUCUGUUUUAGUGGUUCAACUUGCACUCUGGAAGACUCGGAUUCCUCCCUGCAAUAGUGUGGCUGUCUCUGAUGACUUGAUUGUCUAAGAGAUGUAAUCCCAUCACCUAAUUGCCUGACACCCCACACCCCCUGUGAAAAGAAAAGGUGUGGCUGCGGCAGGCUGUCUCGCCGGCCAAUCACGUCGUCCAGUGUUUCUUAGGAUGUUCUUUGCUCUGUUAUACACAGGGACACGAUUAUGUGGUGAAUUGCAAUAAAACAGAAAUGACACCGCUAAGCAUGUCAAUAAAAUAUAUAAUGCUGAAAUGCAAGUUAAAAGUUAAUACACCAUUUAGCACCAAUAUUUAACUAGAAACAUAUCAAUCAGCCUUUUGACAAAAGUUAACUCAAAUUACAAAAACUUAAUGUCUUAUCAUGGUAAAAUCAUUGAAUUAAUUUAUUUAGAAUGAAUUUUGUACUAAAAUGGAUUGGAAAAAAAUUAAUAUUUUAUUGUUUGAUUUUGCAUGACUUACAUUAGUAACGCUUUUUUACAUUAAUGAUGGCACAUGUUCAAAAAAACACAAACAUUUUUGAUUAAUUUUUUUUUCUGAGUAGUUCUGUUUUAGCCAUGCUUAUUACUAAUGUUUUUACUGUAUAAGUGCAUAAGAUGUCAAUCAAAAUGAGACUAUUUUGGUAACGUGAGUAUUAAAAAAUAUUUUAUUUCCAUAUUAUUGAAUAAUAAAUUUUUUUUAGAUGAAUAAAGAGAAUUUAUAAAAAAAUAAAAACAGUAACAUGGGAGUCUCUUCUUUUAAAAACUAAAUUGAACUAAAAAUGAAACAAUACAAUCCUGUCUCUAAUUAUACAGUAUUACAGCCAGAUUGAGCAACACACAUGAUUUGGGGGGGGGGGGGGGGGGAUUUUUUAACUUUUAACUAUGUUUUGCAUGGCGAUUUGGUCAAAUUAUAGCCACCGUAUCAAAAAUUUUUAUUCAAACUGCACUGUGUUUUCAGUUAUUUAUUCAUAGCUUUCAUCAAUGUAGCAGGCUUUCCAUUAAUAUCAUCAUGCAUAUGGGUUGUAAUUUAAGUUAUUGUACUUGCCUUAAGAAUGUUUUUAAAUGUUGUUAUAUAUUUAAUUGGAUAUGUAAAUGAUUGAGGAGACCUUCACUGUGUAAAAGGUUAAUUGAAUAGUGUGUUUAAGGAUGUGUUGUUACUGCAACUUGAAAGUAAUCAAGAUAAUGUUGUUAUAGCCUGAUGGCAGAGCAAUAAAUCACAAACACUGUAUUAUAAUUUUUUUUCUGGUGAUGAACAGUUGUGGGACCAUUAAGUAAUGGAAUUAUGUAAGCACUAUGUCCACCCUUUUAAAUUGUUUUCUGCAGCUAGAUGUUGUGUGUGUGUGUGUGUUUUUUUUUUUUUUUUUUUUUUUUUAGAAGGGGGAAUGUUUCAAGUAUUUUGAGUAGUAAAAAGUGCUAAUAUUUAGAAUGCCAGAAUGUAGAAAUGUGUUGUGCGUUGCUCACUCUUGGAGCUGAACACCUGCCUGCGGUCACCGUAACCAGACACCUGAAAACUGGGAUGGGUCGAUUCCAGUUUCGAUUCUGAUUUUAAUUCCCAAUUUUACUUCCUUUCUAAAUUAAACUUGAAAUUCAAGCAAAAGGUAACCUAAAGAAUAACACUUAAGAAGUCUAAAUAUACGUACAUUUUCUGAAAAUUUACAUUUGAAAAAAUUUGCAAGUAUUGCGAACUACGUAAUUAAAAAUCAUCAAAAUCCAUGAUUUUGUGUUUUUGUGAAAUUUCUUUUUUACCAUGAUCUUUAGCAUGACUGAAGUUGGCUUUAUUUCAGACUUAUUUUUCUUCCCCUUAUUUCCCCCACCACACAUUGUGGGCAGAGCCGAGGCAUACAGGAGUAUCCAUAAAAAUGGCAAAGGCAAAAGGUACAGUACUAACCCUAAAAAGGCACAAGCCAAAAUGUACAGUACUGGCCAUAAAAAUGCAACAAUUGGAAAGAUACAGUGCAGGCCAUAAAAUUGUAUAGUACUGCCUUUGAAAAAAUGUCACAAUCCAAAUGUUACAGAACUGGCCAUAAAAAUGUCACAAUACAAAUACUACAGCAUUGGCCAUAAAAAGUGGCUCAAGUAAAUAAAUGUAGUAAAGCAUUAACAAAUGGUGAAAAGGGUACUGCACUGACCAUAAAUAUUAUGGUAAAAAGUGAACAGCAGUGGCCAUACAUAUGCAUGGUAGGAAGAGUACUGGCUAUUAAAAUUUUUGUGGUAAAAAGUAUACAGCACUGGACAUAAAAAUGGUAGAAAGCAUACAGCACUAGCCAUUAUAUGUGCAAUGUUGUAAAAAUACAACACUUACCAUAAAAAUCUUGGUAGGGAGGCACAAUAGCCCUGACCAUAAGUAAACACAAAAUUGCACACUUGUGAAUUAAAAUAAAAAAAUUAAUGUAAAAAGAUGCUGUGUACGUGUAGAGCUGAUAUGUCCUUGUGUUGUGCGAAAUGUCUGCUACACACUGAAAUUUCAAUAUUCGUGGUAUGUGGCGUACAGCACUGGCCAAAGGCCUGAACCAUCAGAAAACACAAGAUUGCACACUAGUUUUUAAGGUAAACAAUCUGUGUACGUAUAGAGCUGAUAUGCCAAUGUGUUGUGGCCUUUAGCCAGUGCUGUAUGCCACGUACCACAAAUAAUUAAAUUUCAGUGUGUAGCAGACAUUUGGCAUAACAGGAGGGGCAUAUCAACUCUAUACGUACGUUUACUUAUGGUCAUGGCCAUUGUGUCUGCCUACCAUAAUUUUUCUGUCGUAUUUUUACAACAUUGCAUUUAUAAUGACUAGUAUUGUAUGCUUUCUACCAUUUUUAUGUCCAGUGUUGUAUACUUUUUACCACAAAAAUAGCAAGUUCUAUAUAUACUCUUCCCACCAUGUACACUUUAUACCACUUGUUAUUUUUUACCAUAUUUAUUUGCUUGUGCCAAUUGUUAUGGCCUGAGCUGUACCAUUUUAUGGCCUGAGCUUUAUCUUUUGGUUUGUUCCUUUUUAUGACCAGUACUGUACAUUUUGGCUUGUGCCUUUAUUUAUGGCCAGUGCUGUAUUUUUGGCUUGUGCCAUUUAUAUGGUCAGUGUUUAGGCUUGUGCCUUUUUCAUGGCCAGAACUGUACCUUUUAGUUUGUGCCCUUUUUAUGGAUAAUGUUAUACGCUUUUGCUCCGCUCACCAUGUUGGGUGGGGGUAGUGAGGGGAAGAAAAAUAAGUCUGAAAUAAAGCCAACUUCAGCCAAGUGAUCUUUAACAGUCCGAUUUUUGUGUUUGUUGAUUUACAUCCGUGAACAUUCACAUUGAAAUUAAAACACUUUACUGAUCAUGAGAUCUUUUUCUGUUUAUCAUCAUUCAAUUCACAUUAGAUUUAAUAAUAUAAGCAAUUGUGUAAACGUCAAAUAAACAUCGACACAAAAUGUGAAAAUGAUGCAUUUUGUACAAAAAUUUGUUGAAAUAUGGAAGCAAUAUGCUAUUCACAAAAAUAAAUAUUUGGCAAUCAUUUUAAUGACUUUAUAUACACGUAAAUAUAAUUUUAACUUAACUUCUUUUAAGCAAUAAAUAUUUACGUUAAAGUAUCAAAAAUUAUAAUGGGGUAUUUAGCUUUAGUAUACGAAAGAAUAAAAAAUUAUUAUAAAUAACACGGUUUGCCAGCCUGCGUUAAAUUAUUUACUUCAACAUGACGUCAUGGUUGCUUGUGGACAUUCGAAGUGAAAGACAUUAUUUAACUAGUGGAGAGAAAAGGUACGUUGAUGUUAUAUUAAUUUAUGAAAUAAGGCUGUUAUAUUGAAAUGAGUUUCAUAUGUUUUCCCUGCAAAUACAGAAAUAUAACUUUGGUUGGUACAGUGUUGUGGAUAAAUAUAGAUGAUUGCGGUUGGGAUCUAACCUUAAAAAAUUUACCACAUUUUUAGAAUAAGUAUUAGUGCUAGGUGAGUUGCGAAAACAUUGUCAGCGUACUGGCCGUAAAAUACGCAUUUGUAGCGAGAAUCAGUUUAUGUGAAUCUAAUUUACAUCCAAAUUAUUGACCUACCAUUCUAAAUAUAUGAUUCCUUUUAUGAUACAAUUCCUCCUUACAGCUUGAGAAUCAGUGGUUUUGAUUCGAGGUAGAAUCGACGUGUCCAUUCCUACUGGAAACCUGAGAUGUCACUUUACUAAAUUAUCUCCACUGCAUUUCUCUUGGAUAUUUCUGAACACCACAACCUACCACAUCCUUUUUCUAGAGGUCAGCCAGGAUGUUUCUAAGUCUAAGAACAAGUCUCAAAUUGACAAACAUUUUACACUGCUUCAGCAUGUGGAGCACACAGUUGUGUACACACCAUCAGAAACAGUGGUCACUUGGGAUGAAAGGAAAUGAUUGUACAAGAUUGCAAUACCUACAUUUGGAAUUAAUGUGAAACAUCAUCUACAGGAUGCAACUUAACUGGUGGAAAAAAUUUAAUUAUAUUUGAUUGAGAAUAAAUAAAUUCAUUUGUUAACAAGAAGCAGCAUAUUUAUUUUUAAAAAAGGGAGGGAUCACACACAAGUUAUAAUAGCUCAGUUUGGUUCGAAACUUGCAGGAUAACAAAUAAAUAAAGCAAGUUAAAGCUUCAUAAAAUUAUAAUACGUACUGGAAUUUUUUUGUUUGAUUACCGUGUUAUCUCUUGACAUGAUAAUGUGGCAUGUAGAGCUGUCAUUUUUAUUUACUGUUUACACUAACUCAAGGGUGUUUGACAAACUAGCAGACUGCAUCCUGCAAUUUCAUGAAUUUCUGACACGUGAUAGAAGUCCUUGACAUCCUGCAACCAACGAAAGCUAGGUGCACACUAACAAACUCCAUGUGAAAACAUGCUUAAUAUAUGACAGUCAUCAGUGAUGUUGGUUCGUCAUUAUUUCGGCACACAAACACCUAUUUUAAACAUGCCACAAAUGUCAUUUGUACUCUUUACUCAAAAUAUUUUUCUCAUUUUCUAAUUGCACAAAAACUCCAAUGAAAAAAAGGCUUUUUGAAGAAAGCUGUGUUAAUGAAUUAAAGAAAAAAUAUAAAUUUGAAACAACAAUUUAUUUUGAAGCGUAAGUUUUAUAUUUAUUCUAUUCCACUUUUCCAUAUUUUCAAAGCUUCGUUCAUCCUCUGGCGGUCAGUAUAAAUUGCUUGCACACCAGUUGGAUUCGUACCUUACCAGCUGCACGGGGACACAUGUGAUACCAGAACAACCUGCUACAUCCGAAGCACGACACCAUUCCGAGUGGGCCGCAGCACGGCAGGAGUGAGCACACAUCUGCACAUUCCCAUGGACAGGUUGCGAAAAAUUGUGAUCUCGUGCAACAGCUGCCUAACGUGGCUGGCCGAUAAACUCAUGGUCUGAAACAGCCUGGCCUCACCUGAUUCUCAAUAUUUUGUUUAGCCCCACUAAUAAAAAUAUUCAAAACAUUAAAAUACUGAUUGACCAUAAAAAGUUUUCAUUACAUCAUUAUUAACCAGAUCUGGUAUUUGAAUAAGCUGUGAUCGUUAUCGCCAUUUUUUCGCACCCUGAUAAUGGUUCAAGGCCUAGUCUGAAAUUUUCCACAACCUGCCGGUUGGGAAUACUGAUCUAAAACACAGCCUGACACUGUUUUGUUGGUGGUUGUCUGUUUCUUAUUCUGGAUGUUUGUAAAAAAAAAAUAUUUAGUAUCACAUCUGUGAUAAGGAAUUUCAUACCGCUGUGCAGAAAAGAAGAAGAAAUGUAAUGUAUUAGCAUUGAAUUUGUAGAUAUAAGCUAAUCACAAUAAUAUUACUGCAAGGCCAAUGCAAACUGACUUUCUGGCUUUCAGAGAUCUUAUAAAAGAAAGCUCUGUGAUGUAAUUUGUUAUCCAAUCACAUCUCCCAAUUGAAAAUUUAGUUGCUUAAAAACAUUUUUAACCAUUGUAUUAACUGCAAAAUAUCAUUGUAAAAUCUUCAAAAUUUCUUUUAGCCAGAGAUUUAUUUUAAAAAAAUUGUUUUGUAAGGGAUAUAUUGUUCUUCUAAAUAAGUGCAUUUUUAAUUAUAGACUGUACUCUGUUAUAAAAUGUUAUUUACUUGUACAUAUUUGUAAGUAUUUUUCAAUACAGAAUAAAUCCAAACUGUUUUUUAA